AUGGCCGGUCUUCUCCGCCUCCUCAAGAUGCAGUAUACUCCUCCUGUGGAUCCCAAAAGUGUGUCCUUCGCUGGCAAGAUCGUCAUUUUGACAGGUGCCACCUCUGGUCUUGGCUUCGAAGCUGCCAUCAAAAUGCUGAAUCUUGGUGUCGAGUCUCUAAUCAUCGGAUCUCGGAGCCUAGAAAAAGGCAAUCAGGCCAAGGCUGACCUCGAAAAGGCCACUAACCGACGAAACGUGGUCAAAGUGUGGCAGCUCGAGAUGAGCAGCUUCCAGAGCGUCAAAGGAUUUGCUGAACGUGUCAAUCGCGAGCUUGACCGGGUCGACAUCGCUUUACUUAAUGCUGGUCUUUGGAAUCGAGAUUACUAUCAAUCCCCAGAGGGCUGGGAAGAGAGUCUACAAGUUAACACACUAUCAACCUCGAUGCUGGCCUUACUUCUACUUCCCAAGCUGAAGAAAAGCUCAUAUGCCGAAAAUCCUGCCCACCUCACCGUUGUUUCAAGCCAACAAUUCGUUCGCGUUAAAGCUGAAAGCGUCCGGACCGAUGACUCGCUUCUCGCCCACGUGAAUGACCCGGCCAACUUCAAGGGUCCCAAGCAAUACGGCAUUUCAAAGCUUCUGCUUGAAUUUAUGAUCAAGAAUAUUGCCAAUAUGGUGCGCGACGACGACGGGACUCAUACACUCAUUGUUAAUACCGUCAGUCCCGGGCUGUGCGUUUCGGCUUUGGGUCGCCAGUACACUCAUUGGUGGGAGAAAUGCUUCGUUUGGGUUAUGCACAGAUUGUUUGCGCGGACUACAGAGCAGGGAAGCCGCUCGCUGGUUAGCGCGACAAUACAGGGGGUUGAAUCGCAGGGAAAAUGCUGGCGCAGUGAGGGAUAUCUUGAUGAGUCAGCUGCAUUGACUACUGGUCCAGAGAGUGAAGAGCUCCAGGCAAAGGCAUGGGAGGAGAUUAUUGCCGUGCUAGGAAAAGAAGCGCCGGAGGUGUCCCUCAUCUCUCGUGGCUUAUACCAAGGCGUUUAG